AAAAAUAGAUUGCACAAGGAAAUUAAAUAUUUAAUCCAUCAUAUACAUUUUUGUUUAUAACAUUCACGGUGACCAGUUAAAAACUUAGAGAGUGUUCAAUUUGAACAUUAGUAAACUACUGUUGCCUUAAAUUCAGCAUAAUGGCAUUUUCAAAUUCGCAUUGUAGAGGACAAAUUCCCUUAUCUUGUCAGCUGUGUGAAGAAUCAAAUCAGAUCAAAUGGAAAUGUCUACAAUGUGACUUUCUGCUGUGUACAAAAUGUCAAAAACUUCAUAACAAAGUGAAAUCUAACGACCAACAUACCAUUAUUGAUAUCAAAGACAUCGCUUCGCAGCAAGCCAAGGAUAACAAAGAUUUCAGUAACUUUCCAUGUGAAAUUCAUAGUGGACAAAACUAUUGCUUCUUUUGUCAGACCUGUGAUGAAGUUGUCUGCCCUUUGUGUAUUGCUAAAACUCAUACCAAACACAAGAUGAUUGAAUUAGCUGAAGGAUAUAAAUUAACUCUCAAGAAAAUAAAAACUUUUAGUUCUGAGCUUGUUAUGAAAUUAUCAAAUUAUGAAAAAGGAAGAUCUACCCUGUCUUCAUUCAAAUCUUCAGAGGACUUCAAAUAUGAAAUAGAGAAGCAAAUAAUUAUGAGUCGAGAAAAAGUUUUAAAAGAUGAGGUUGAAAUGCACACAAAAAAACUUCUUAAAGAACUUGAUCAGAGAUGGGAUCUUCUAAAGCAAUCAGUAAAUGAUGCAGAUAAUAUAUCACAGAAGAUAAACAAAGAUUUAGAAUUUCGAACUGAAAGUUUAACCAAUGCCCUAGCUUCUGUCAAAACUUUUGAUGUUUUCCAAGCGUACAAAGAGGAGAAAGCAGCCAGAAAUCAAAGUAUAGAACCAGUCAAUGCUCGUUUUAAAAGAUUGCCACAAUAUGUUCCAGGAAAAUUGCAGAUUCAACAGGCACAACAUGGAGAACUAACAGAGUCUGAUGAUGAUUACCAGUAUGCACUCGACCAAUAUGAACCUAAAGUGAUAAAACAGUAUAAAACUGGACUGAAAAGCAUUGCACAGAUUGUUUGCUGUGAAGAUGAUGGAACAUUGUGGAUGAGGGAUAAUAACACUAAAAAAAUACAGAAAAUGAAAUUUUCAAAUGGACUGGUACAUAUUGUUCAGCGGUUACAGUUUGUUACAGCUGGCAUGGCAUUAUCACUACAAGGAGACUUACUUUUCUCUAUUGCAGAACCUAAUCUUACACUUCUCUCUCAUAACACUGGAGAAAUGAUAGAAUCAAAAUAUAGUGUAGCACCCUUAAUAACUGGUCCCAUCCAUAUAACCAAGGAAGAUAAGAUCAUAAUCAGAGCCGGAAAGAAAGGACCUCUCUUCCCGGUCAAUGGACCAAGAAAAGUGAUUGUGAUGGAUAAAGAUGGAACAACAGAAAAGGUUUAUGAUCUAGACAAUAAUGGAAAACCUAUAUUUUCUGCUCCACAAAGAAUAACAACAGACAGUGACAAUAACAUUUAUGUCCUAGAUUGUCUCAAUAAAGACUGGAGUGGCAAGAUAGUGGCAUUAGAUAAAACCAAUGGAGUGAGAUGGAUAUAUAGUGGUAAUCCAGAUAUCAACAAUGCAUUUAAACCUAGAGAUUUAGUGGCUACAAAUUUAAACAAUAUCAUAAUUACAGACAAAGAUCAUCACAUGAUUCAUAUCCUGAACACUUCAGGAGAGUGUAUUCAUUACCUGAAUACAAGGGACCAAUUAAGUAUUGUGUUACCAUACUCUGUAGACAUUGACAAUACAGGCACACUGUACAUAGGAUGUUUUACACGUCAUGGCGAACCUAAUGAAGCCAAAAUAUAUACUGUUCAGAUUUCAGGAUUUUAAAGUGUUCAUUCUAAUUAUUCAUCAGUCAAUUUCAAACUGAUUCAAAAUAUGCUUCAAUUAAAACUUCAAAUUAAAUUACUUUGAUUAUUAGUUUUAAAUAUUCUGUUUUGCAAAUUGCAACAAGAACGUACCAUGAAUGAUGAUAAUUGGUUUGCAGGUUAUUUUUUUUUAGAAAUGCAAAUUGUGAAAUGCCUUAUAAAAUGGAUUCUCCAUGGAAUUAACUCGUAAAUAAUCAGAACUACAUAUUUUUUUUACUAAAGCAUUGUAAUUUUUAUUUCUGAAUUUCACUAGAACCUUAUUAUUAUUA